CGGUGACCUUAGCCACGUGACAGCCCUCUCCUUCCGGCUGGUGUGUUUUUUUGGGCCAGCUCGUACGCUGCUGUUGUGUCUGCAGCCACAGACAGGAGACUAGUGAAAGUAGUCGACCCUCGCAGUGGGAACUACUUGUUUAGACAGAGUGGUAUAGCAGUCGGGCAUGAAAGAUGGAGCUCUCGGCGGUGGGUGAUCGCGUUUUCGCCGCGGAAUCCAUCCUCAAGCGCCGCGUCCGCAAGGGUAGUCUUGAAUAUCUUGUGAAAUGGAAAGGCUGGGCACUAAAGCACAGUACCUGGGAGCCAGAAGAGAACAUUCUGGAUGACCGCCUGCUCCUGGGCUUUGAGCAGAAGGAGCGUGAAAGAGAAAUGCACGGGCCAAAGAAACGAGGGCCGAAACCCAAAAGUCCUGGCAUGAAGGCUCGUACUCUAAAAGGGGAGACAAGCAGUGGGGACGCCAACCAACGGAAGAGCACCCGCCGCGCCUCUCCAGGGGACCCCGCCCUAAGCCCCCCUCCACCGCCGUCCGCUGCUGCUGCCACCUCCUCUUCCUCCGCCUCCGCCGCCUCUGUGACCCCCGCCGCCAAGAACUCCUCCCUGGCCUCCACCCACAAGCUGAAGAAAGACAUUCACCGCUGCCACCGCAUGUCCAGGCGCCCCCUGCCCCGCGCCCUCGCCGCCUCCUCCGGGCCCGGCCCCGGGGGCUUCCCCUCGCGCCCCCACGCCUCCCCCUUCUCCGAGACGGUGCGCAUCCUGAACCGCCGGGUCAAGCCCCGGGAGGUGAAGCGCGGCCGCAUCAUCGUCAACCUGAAGGUCAUCGACAAGCCCGGCCGGGGGUCCGCGGCCGGCGGCCGGGGGGCCCCGGCCGGCCGGCAGAACCUCCCGUCCCGCAACCGCAUCAUCGGGAAGAGGCACGGCGAGGCGGCGCCCUACCGGCCCUUCCAGCCCCCGCUGAAGAUGCUGGGCUUCCCCAUGUACGGGAAGCCCUUCGGCCUGCAGUGCGGAGGGCCCCGGCCCUUCCACCCGCUCACCGGCGGCCCCAUCCCUGAGGGCGCCGCCCAGAGUCAGCCCGGCCCGGCGUCGGGCCCUCCCUCCGGCGCCCCUCAGGCCCCGGCCUGCUCCCGGCCCCGGCCCAGCCAGCCCGCGACGGAGGCCCCCGAGAGCCGGACCGCCCGGCCGUCGACGCCGAGCCUGGCGGCCGCCACGUCCCCCUCCUCCUCCUCCCUCCCCGGCGACGCGGCGCCCUCCGCCGCGUCCGGCCGGCAGGCCGACCCCCCGCCGGCCGCCCCCGCCGAGCCCCCCCGAGUGCCCGCCGAGGGGGACCCCGGUUGGCGCCCCGACGCGGGGCCCAGCUGCAAGGGCGUGGUCGUCACCGACGUCACCACCAACCUGGUCACCGUCACCAUCAAGGAGUUCCCCUCCCCCGCCUCCCGCCCCCCCUCCCCCUCCUCCGCCGGCACCGAGGCUGGCUCCGCCCCUUCUGCCGCCGCUGUUGAGCCCGCCCCUCCCAAGCCAUAGGAAGGUCAAAGGUUAGAAAGCCAGUUGUCCAUGACAACAGAAUGAUUCUCGCCAAUGUUGCCACUUUGCUUUCCCCGUGUUCCCCCCCCUCCUUUAAAGGAUUGUACCGGUGUAAGUGUGACUAUUAUUGGACGUACCAGCCUGUCUUAAACAAGUUGAGUUUACAUCGCUGUGGCGAUGAGUGUAUUGUUAAGGGGGCUCUAGUCCUCCCUUAGGAAGCGCACUGCAUGGCCCUCCGUGCGUCAUUGAAACGGUUAAUGCGAUUGGUUUGUGGGGAAAACGUCCCCACUAAUCCUUCCGUUCUUAGGAGUUAAAGUUUGCCUGUGAUAUCGGUUAAGCCACUCUGAUGCAAGAGAUUGAAAACCGCACAGCUUAUGGAAUUAUUUGCCUCUGCCUCAUGGUUUACUGUACGCCACUGUCCGUAAAACCUCUUAGUCUCUGAUUGGAUGUUGAAAGUCCAAUCAGCCUCAGCCAUGCGGGUUCCUCACUGAUGGCAGUGAGCAGAGCUGGUUACAGGAUUGAACCAUACUCUUUACAGAGCUCACAAACCACCAUUAAGACUAGGAAAUGUUCCAAUGAUGGCACAAAUACACCGAUAUCCUCCUUUUUCAAUUUGUUGCUGUAUUUGUGUGAUGAAUAAUGUAAUUUUAACGCCACCCAGCCAUUGACUAGUAAUAAUGAUGAUGUAAUAAUGGUAAUAAUAAUGGCAUCAUAUUUUUGAAAUAGAGGUAUUGAAGAUGCAGCCUGUGCCCCUUGAAUGGCCAUAUUUUGUUCACUUGCACAUUAGUGACUUUGUAUAGACUGGUGCCCCGACUGGGAAGCAGCUUUCUACUCAGUUCCUUCAGGCUUGCUGCACAUCCCGUGUUUGGUGUCCUAGCGUCGUAGUAAAACACUCUCAAACUAGGACAGUGGGCGAACUAUUACCAAGCACACUUAGUGUACAUGAAAGAAACUAAAUGCCAAUUUGAUACAUGCACUGCCCCACAAAGGGGUGUGUUGAGCACCUUUCGGUGUCAUGCCAUUUCGUUGCCCAUCCCUGAAUUUCGCUGGUUGCCCGACCUGCUGUUAGUUUGACAGGGGAUAGGAUCUUUGCACAGUUAGAGUCCAAGCCAUCGCAUCCACAUUUUGCGAGGUAAACGCAGCAACAGAAUGCUUCAAAAAGCUACCAAUGUCCCUCACCCUACUCCCAAGGCCUUUCCCCCGCCUCUCAUAAAUGCACAGCUAAUAAGAAUUUGCGUUUAGAUGCACGCACAUCGCACAGCCUUCGAACAGAGAAUUCGUAAAAUCACAAAAAUCCAUAGAUUUCCAACUGAUGGCCGAUUUUACUGUGUGGCCCCACUGACAUUGGUUUCUCUUCCUCGAGUCCUCCACCGUUCUGUAAUGUCCGCCAUGACGCUAAACUGGCGAGCAGUCUGUGAUUCUUUUUAAUUUGCCGCAUUUCAGCUGUGUGACUUCUCAGAUGAUAUGGCAAGAAGGUUAAGUAGAGGUUAGGUUGUUGGUCGCGGUUACCCUCGCCCAGCCUACCUGUCAGAACGGCUCCAUAAACCCAGCUUCUUAAUACCUGAAGCUUUACAUCCUGGUCGCUGCUUUUCACAACUUGUAUAACAACAAUAACGGGACCCAGACAAACCAUGACUCCAUAAGGUUUAGUGGAGUCCGAAGCUCCUGGAAUAUCGUAUCCCUUCCCUGGUCUGCUGUCUAACAGUAGUUUCUGCUGUUAGCUCCUCUUUGCUAUUAGAUUUCGUUGGUCAGUCGUUUAUUGAAAUCGUUUUUUCUACCCUAGUUUACAGUUGAUAGGUAUUAUGCCCUUUUUACAGUGUGUCUAUAGCUUGUUUGUCAAACACACCAAGGCAGCUUUUACUCUAGUUCGUGAAUGAAGGAAGGAUGGAAGCAUCUCUUUCUCCCAGCUCCCCGUGGCACAGCUGUGUUGAUUGGACUGGCCACCCAGUGAUGUCGUGGGAAGGAUUGAGAUACAUUUUGUGGCAGGGGAACACUUUGAUCUGAGUCGAGAUAGGUUAUUUGGAGCUCUAUCAGCAGUACCGAUAGAGCAGACCCAUUAGACUGAGACCACCCCCAUCCUCCUCCCCUUCCCGGGCUGGGUUGAUGGGUCUGGGGGGAGCCUGCAUCCGUCCGGGCUCGGUUUACACUCAUGUAUUUUUGCUGCUGUUUGACCUUACAGAGGUUAUGCAACGAAACGACUCGUUCAAAAUCAUUAGGCCUGGAUCAUGUGGGACAAAGCACGUUUUGACCUUUCACUGUUUCAGCCUUUUAUUAUGGUAAUGGACAUGACAGUACUGGUCAUUAUAAACAAUUAUAAUCAUAACCUUGCUGUAAAAGGUUGAUUUGAGAUGGAGCAAAUUUCAUUAAGUCAAUAACAUUUAAGAAGGAACAUUUGUAGAAUCUGAUUAAUAAAAAAAAUGAUUGUAUAAUUGUCUAAUUGUAUUAGGUGGAAAUUACGUCGUAACGUAAACUUUGUUGGGAGGAUUUCCCGCCCUGAGGCCGUGGGGGAAACUAGUGUAAUCGAUUGGGCAGGGUCGGCCAUUUCUUGAGUGCAUUGUUGACUUUGCAGUCUGCACUUCAACUAAUAGUUUUGCCCGUUUUAAAUCAGCAACGUAAUUAAUAAAUGAGCGAGGGAUGAAUCGGCUCAAACAUAGCUUGUGAAGGCAAAUUAGCAUAGUUGAAUAGACCUUACAUUGAAUGAGCUCUUUUAGGAAGUAUGGUCCGGGGGAACAAGAUUCCCCUUGCCAUGGUUUGUUCUGGCCCCCAUUGACUGAUGCUAGGGUUACUCUCAGAGUACCCCCUUAGAACCUGCCCGGUCUCCCCCAGAAACCACAUCUUCCACCUCACUUUUUCAAUAGCGGAUCCAGUGUUGUAUUGCUGAAAUGUAUAAUAAAUAGCAACAAAGGUACAAUUCUGGAGUUCCAUGUUGGCUAUUGCAAUCGCUCUUACUACUUGAAGGCACUGCAUUGAAUCUGUAAACUUCAGAUGACAUGGGUCCAUUGUUCACCCUCUCCCCGUGCUGCCCCAUGUACCAAGGGUACUCCUCGCCUGGCAGUCUGUCUGGUGUAACUGUCCCCAGUAUUUAAAACACUCCGCAUGCGUUGCCUUACCGCUGCUCCGUUGAACCAAACUGCACUCCACGAGGCAGCGCUGCCUCGUCUCAGUGACGUGCUCUACCCCUCCCCGGACCCAGGCGGCGGGCGCAGCUCUGCUCAUGUAGAUCUCCUCCCGGCAGAAGCCAGCCAAAUGCCCGCCUCAUUUCCUGUCAUGUGACGUAGAUGGUUCUCUGUCGUGUCUUCUCAGUGCUCUGCUCUAGGACACGUUCAAAGUGUUUUGUCCCAAACUACAAAAAUCCACCCGGAAACAAUAACACCAUAUUUUUUACGCUAUGUUUAUGACUUGCAAAUCGUUUGCAAGCAUUUGGUAGAGCAGGAGUUCAUGAGGGGCAGGAUUAUUCUUUAUUGAUUUGACUACCAAUCAUCUUACCUUUAAGCAAGAAUUGAUUACCCAUUUGAAGUCCUGGCUUGGCAGACUGGUUCUUUUGGGUAGUGUCUGUCUCCUGCUGCUGCAAAUGUAAGCGUUAAUUGUAUACAAUAAGAAACCCAACAGCACUGUGCUUCUGGUGUUAUGUUUGUAUUUUGGGAUAAAACUUUGAAUGUCUUGUAUUGUGAACGUAUAAACGGUGGCUAGAAGAGUCGGUUGGUAGUUGUGUGGAGCGUGGUGCUAUUUGGACAGAGUUUCAACAACAUAAUAAUAAUCAAAUCUGGGGUAGCACAACCAAUCUUUCUACCAAAUAGGGCUCUUGGUUUUUAUUUAGUGUUUAUAUCUUGCCUUUUGUUUCUCUUCUAUGAAAUGUUUUCAUGUAAACGUGUGUUGUGAUUUGAAGUGCUGUAUGAGGCACUCGAUUUGGGGGUUUACCGAAGGAUUUGGUAAUAUGCUUUAGUUUAAACAAAUAAUGACCUUACUUGUGUAUUUGAAACUUGUUUUCUCUCCCUCGUACUGUAUUUGAAUUAUUAUUUUUAAUAAAUGUUAUCAAUAUUAUGCUUUCUGUUUAAUUGCCAUUUAAUGAAAUGGUCGACUAUGGUUUGACAGGAAGGGAAUUGCUGACUAAUGAAUUAAACUGUCAAAACUGCAGUUUUUGUUUUGUAAAUGCUGAGUUGAAAUGUUUUUUUGUAAUUGUAUUGCUAGUACUGACGAUUAUGAUGACAUUGUAAUGUAUCUGAACUUCUGAAGCAUGUUUUUGGUAACCUUAUUGUACAGGUUAUGUAUUCAAUGUCAUGUUAUCUGUUACUGUUGUUGCUUUCGUGCAUUAAUUGUACAAGGCUUUUCAUUAAAAGCUUAUUUCACUUG